GGCUUUUCUCCGCCCCUUGAACGUAACAGAUUUAAGACAUCAAACAGCUCACCAGCACUGCGUGAUUCCGACAUUUCCCACAGUCUGUGAAGGUAGCAGCAGCUCCAUCCAGGAGCAUCCACAGUACAGUUCAGUGGACAAGGCCGACACUCACAAAUACACACUUGGACGUAGUGAUGAUUUAGCAGUCGAUUCCAUGCUACCCUGUAUCCUGGAAAUAUCGUAAACAACAACAGUCAUCAUGGCUGAAGCCCACCAGGCCGUGGCCUUCCAGUUCACGGUCACUCGAGAGGGCAUCGAUCUGCGGCUGUCCCACCAGGCCUUCACUGAGAUCUACCUCUCCGGUGUGCGCUCCUGGAAGAAACGCAUCAUCGGACUCAAGAACAGCGUGGUGACGGGCGUUUACCCUGCCAGUCCUUCCUCCUGGCUGUUUGUCGUCAUAGCGAUUCUGGCUACUAUGUACACACGCUCCGACCCCUCCAUGGGACUCAUAGCCAAGAUACAGGAGAACCUGCCCGUCAGCCAGUCUAUGAGUAACCAGUGCCAGACGUUGGUGUCGGCAUUGCUCUUCAGCACCAUGCUGUGGCUCCUGCUCAUCUUCACCAUGCGCAUGUGCCUCAAGCAGCUGCUCUCCUACCACCGCUGGAUGUUCGAGAAGCACGGCAAGAUGUCCACCACCACCAAAGUCUGGGUGGCGCUGGUGCGGAUCUUCUCUGGCAGGAAGCCGCUGCUCUACAGCUACCAGGGCUCGCUGCCAAACCUUCCUGUGCCGGCCAUCAAGGACACAGUGAAGAGGCACUUGGAAUCGGUGCGUCCUCUGAUGGACGACACAGAGUUUGAACGCAUGACCCAGCUGGCGUCAGAGUUUGAGAGCAGGCUGGGUAACCGGCUGCAGUGGUACCUCAAACUCAAAGCCCUCUGGGCCACCAACUACGUUAGUGACUGGUGGGAGGAAUAUGUCUAUCUACGUGGACGAAGCCCAAUAAUGGUCAACAGUAACUAUUACGGCAUGGACUUCAUGUACGUGACGCCCACGCCCAUCCAGGCGGCUCGGGCCGGCAACAGCCUCAACGCACACUUCCUCUACCGCCGGAAACUCAACAAAGAGGAGCUCAGACCUACCCGCAUACCAGGCACUGUCAUUCCCCUGUGUUCAGCUCAGUGUGAGAGGCUUUUCAACAGCACACGCAUUCCUGGAGAGGAGACCGACACCGUGCAGCAUUGGCAGGACAGUGACUACAUCGCGGUGUACCACAGCGGGCGCUACUUCCGGCUCAGGAUGUACCAGGCAGGCCGGCUCCUGUCGCCCCGGGAGAUCGAAACCCAAAUUCAGAGGAUCCUGGAUGACCCCUCAGCUCCUUCAACAGGAGAGGCCAAACUGGGGGCCCUGACUGCUGGAGACAGAAUUCCAUGGGCCGAAGCCAGGACGAAGUAUUUCAGCAGCGGGGUGAACAAACGCUCUCUGGACUGCAUAGAGAAAGCCGCUUUCUUUGUGUCCCUGGAUGACGAGGAGCAGGGCGUGGUCGCAGACGACCCGGCUAGUUUAGAUGCAUACGCCAAAUCCCUGUUGCAUGGGAAAUGUUAUGACAGGUGGUUUGACAAAUCCUUCACAGUUAUUUUCUACAAGAAUGGAAAAAUGGGCGUGAAUGGAGAGCACUCGUGGGCCGAUGCUCCGGUGUUGUCACACUUAUGGCAGCAAACGUUGUCCACUGACUGCUUCCAGCUCGGUUACAAUGCAGAGGGUCACUGCAAAGGAGAGGUGGACUCAUCUCUCCCCCCACCACAGAAGCUCAGCUGGGAAAUCCCUCCAGAGUGUGAGGAGCAGAUCUCACAGUCUCUGGCUGUGGCCCAGGCCCUCGCUGACGAUGUGGAUAUUCACGUUUUUGCCUACCAAGAAUUUGGCAAAGGGAGGAUCAAGAAGUGCCGAGUCAGUCCAGAUGCCUUCAUCCAGAUGGUUCUGCAGCUGGCCUACUACAGGGACCAGAGGAGAUUCUGUUUGACAUACGAAGCCUCCAUGACCCGUCUGUUUAAGGAGGGCAGGACGGAGACGGUGCGCUCCUGCUCCAACGAGAGCAGUGCCUUUGUCCGAGCGCUUGAGAAUGGAGAGCCGGCGCAUGUGUGCAGGCGUUUGUUCCAGGAAGCGUCAGAAAAGCACCAGAAUCUGUAUCGCCUGGCUAUGACUGGAUCUGGCAUCGACAGACAUCUGUUCUGCCUCUAUGUGGUGUCCAAAUACCUCGGAGUGGAGUCUCCCUUCUUGAAAGAGGUCCUGUCCGAGCCCUGGCGGCUGUCCACCAGUCAGUCUCCGAUGCACGUGGAGAUGUUUGACAUCGUCAACCACCCAGAGUACGUCUCCUGUGGAGGGGGCUUUGGACCGGUGGCUGAUGACGGUUAUGGGGUGUCCUACUCCUUUAUGGGGGAUAACAUAUUGAACUUCCACAUCUCGUGCAAGCACUCGUGUCCAGAAACUGAUGCACAUAAGUUUGGCGAUCAGAUCAGAACAGCGCUGCAGGACCUGCUCCAGCUGCUGAGCCCCAUCCGAACAGAGUGCCACAGGGCGGAGGGGGGGCGGCCCGACGUGAAGAAACACCUGUAGGCGAGACUCAGGGCAAAGGGAAGUAGAAGGAAAAGUCUGCAAGCAUAACAUUAGGAAGUGAGGAAAGAUGUGUAUUUUUUUCCUCAUGAAUUAGGAGAAUUUUAUAGCCAGAUGAUAUUCAAGGGACACUUCCAUUGGGGAACUGAUCAAGUGGAGGAGAUGUUUUUACUUAUGUGUGUAAAUAAGCUCUGAUAGGUGUGUGAGGAGGGAAAAAGUCCGUAGAUUAACAAAUGAAGAGUACAGUAUGUUUUUUUAAUUUGUUAUAACAACAAAACUAUUAGAAGUUGUUUUUGUGACAUGUUAUAAAAAGGCCAUUAUGAAUCGCACCACUAACUGUUAGGGUAGAAAUCCCUAACGCGUAUUAAUUGCAGGGAGUAAUUUCAUAUAAAGUCAAAGAUUGCCACUUUUUGUGCCACUUCAUUUUCUGUCGUCGAAUUUGUUGCGUGUGAUGCAUCUCACCGCAGUAUAGACUCAGUUUCAACCGCCCGAAUGCAUCAUCGCUGUAGCAGUGACACCACACACUUUAACAUCUCGGAGGUCUGUGACUUCUCAGUGUUAACUCAUUAUGUAUUUAAUAAUACUUUUUCUACAAAAACAUGAUUGUAAUGCGUUGCUGGGAAUGCCAGGUGGUGAAAUAACAAAUCCACAGGUUGGCAUUACUGUUUGACUGGUAUUAUAUUCAGGAAAUAACUCUUAUUUUAUGUUUUCACACAUUCAAAAUGUACAAAAUAUAAAGGUCAGUUUGCUCUCAUCGCUCAGUUGGUUAAAGACUCUACUGUAACAAACUCCAGAUAUUUCACUGCCACCUUAAAUCUGUUUUGUAUUUUGUUUUUACCACUGUAUUAUUACGGAAGCACCAUAACAGUACAAGCUAUAUUUAUGUACAUCAUAUGCAGGUAUUUAGUCUCGAGUCAUUUUUCAUCGAGUGUUGCCUUUUCACUCGAGCUUGUCUCGCUGUAUUACUAUUGUCAGCCUUUUUAAUGCAAUAUAACGGGAGAACAUAAAGUUAUUCAUAAAGAAAAAAA